UCCCUAAUUCACUUUUCACACCGAGAAUCUGAACUCCAACCCAAGUUAUUCCCUUUUCCUCUCUUCAUCAUCACACCAUCACCACCAUUAUUACACCAUAACACCCCAAACCCAAACCCUAAAAACCCAAGAAAACAGAGUGAAAAAGAAGACAUUUUUCCGAUCCAGGCGACAAAUCGAACCAAAAAGAAAAAUGCCCUUGAGCAACAACGUUAUAGGGUGCAUAAACUUCAUAGCCGUGCUCCUCUCGGUGCCGGUCAUCGGCGCCGGAAUCUGGCUGGCGACGGAGACGGACAACUCAUGCGUCAAAUUGCUGCAAUGGCCCGUCAUCAUUCUCGGGAUCCUCAUCCUCGUCGUGGGUCUGGCCGGUUUCAUCGGUGGCUUCUGGAGAAUCCCAUGGCUCCUCGUUACAUACCUCAUUGCCAUGCUCAUCCUCAUCGUUCUCCUCUCUGCACUGGUCGUCUUCGUCUUCAUGGUCACCAGCAGAGGCUCUGGUCACAUUGAACCCAGCCGGGCUUAUGUGGAGUACCGUCUCGACGACUUCUCCGGCUGGUUACGCCGCCGUGUCAAGAGCUCUUUCAAAUGGGACCGCAUUCGGACUUGUCUCAGCUCCACCAACAUCUGCCCUGAGUUAAACCAGAGUUACCGAAUGGCCCAAGAUUUCUUUAACGCUCAUCUCAGCCCCAUCCAAUCUGGUUGCUGUAAGCCCCCAACCCAAUGUGGCUACACCUUCGUGAACCCGACAUACUGGAUAAGUCCAAUAGCGAUGUCUGCGGACAUGGAUUGUCUCCAAUGGAGCAACGACCAGAACCAAUUGUGCUACAAUUGCGAUUCCUGCAAAGCCGGUUUGCUCGCUAAUCUCAAGAACGAAUGGCGAAAAGCCGACAUCGUACUUCUUCUGACGCUGAUCGGAUUGAUCAUCGUUUACCUCAUCGGCUGCUGCGCGUUCAGAAACGCUAAGACGGAAGAUCUCUUCAGAAAGUACAAACAAGGCUACACAUGAUGAAACCAAUUCAAGGAAGACGAAGAAAAGUGUCGGCUUUGGAAUUUUCAUUUUCUUUCAUUUUGGCCCCUCUAGUUGUGUUAUAAGCAUUUUCGGGACAUUUUAUGGUGUUUGGUAUUAGCAUCUGUAUAUCUUGGAGGCUUAUGGUAUGAUUUGCUUAA